CAUCUGUUUCUUUCUCUUUCUCGCUCACUCUCACUCUCAUUCUCCAUCUUUCCGUAACACCUUUCCUCUCUCCCUCCUGGGUUUGGUUUCUUGUGCGCGCGCGACGUCGACGUCGACGACGACGACGACGACGACGAGUACGACACGUCGGAAGGGAGAGAAGAAAAGCUCCCCUUUUUGCGAGAAGAAGACGCGCCGUUGGGAAAGCGUGCGGGCUUUUAGGUCCGCGCGCGUUACAUCGUCCGGGAUCGUGCGAGAAACUCGCCAAGAAGCUGGAGAACCAAAGACGAGGAAAGACGACGGAUUCAAGGUGGAAAGAAAGAUGCGGUGUCCUUCCCUCGCCGUUUUCGUCGCCGUCCUAACGACCAUACGAGCUCAAGGUCCAGCGAUUCCCGUGAGGGCGGUUCUUCGAGGUACAGCUGAGCUACCCUGCGAUAUUCGUCCACCACGACACAACGAUUCGACCGUUUCGGGACACGACUCUGCCAUUUUGGUCGUCUGGUACAAGAACGACAUGACACCUAUCUACAGUUUCGACAUGAGGGGAAAACAUCCAGAAAAACAGUGGAAAAACAAGGACCAUUUGAACGAGUUUACGCAUUUUCGAAUGGACACCGAUCCAGCUUUGUUAAUCAUCAAUAACGUCGAGGAAAAGGACGGGGGAGAUUACAGAUGUCGGGUGGAUUUCAGUAAGAGUCCUACGAGAAACUCGAGGAUCUAUCUGAACAUCAUUGUGCCACCACAUUCGCCUAACAUUAUCGACGAACAUGGAAAUCCUGUAUCGAAAGUAACCGGACCAUACGAAGAAGGUGGCGAUAUGAAGUUAACAUGCCUAGUCUCAGGAGGUCGUCCAGAACCGACGGUUAAAUGGUGGCGAGGUGAAACCUUAUUAGAUUCGAAAGACAUGUCAGGAGAGUUUCCAAGCCUUCGUCGAAAUACUUUGAUCGUGACCGAUCUCUCUCGAGCUGAUCUACACGCUGUCUUCACCUGUCAGGCUUCCAACAAUAACAUCAGUCAACCUGAAUCUGUCUCGGUCGCGAUCGAAAUGCAUCUGAGACCUCUCAGCGUGAAUAUACUUAGCAACGAGCAAACAACAAUCAGCGCCGAUAGAAAAUACAACAUCAGUUGUAUAACUGUCGGUUCAAGGCCACCGGCUAAAUUAUACUGGUACUUGGACGGGGAAAAGAUGGAGAACUAUACGGAAAAGGUAUCAACCGAUGGGAACAUGACGAGUUCCGUGUUCACUUUCAAACCUACUCUCUUCGAUCACAACAAAGUGUUGACCUGCAGAGCGGAGAAUAAUAAAGUUAGCGGUGGAUACGCCGAGGAUACCUUGAAACUCAACAUUUAUUUCGUUCCUAUCUUACGGUUGGGGCUUGGUUCCAACAUGAAUCCCGACGACAUAGAGGAAGGCGAUGAUGUCUACUUUGAAUGUAAGGUUCGUGCGAAUCCCUGGGCUUACAAAGUCGUCUGGAAGCACAACGGCAACGUCAUUCAGAACAACGCAAAGAACGGCGUGAUAGUACAACAAUACGAUCUCGCUUUAAGAAAAGUCAAUCGUUCCCAGGCCGGAAAUUACACCUGCGUUGCUAGCAACGUCGAGGGUGAUGGUUAUAGCAAUAGCGUCGAACUCAAAAUCAUGUACAAGCCAAUCUGUGUGGCCGAACAAAAGAAUAUAUAUGGAGUGGCGCGUUACGAGGACGUCAAGGUGCUCUGCAUGGUCGAAGCUUAUCCACCUCCCGAAAGCUUUAGGUGGGCCUUCAACACUAGUCAGGAACUGAUCGACAUGCCCCAGACACGUUACAAGAAUUCCACUCAUCUCAGCCAAAGCAUCCUCGUGUACAAACCGAUCACAGAUAUGGACUUUGGCAGUGUGGCUUGUUGGGCGAGCAACGCUGCUGGCCAGCAGAAGAACGCUUGCAUAUUUUACAUCAUACCCGCGGGUAAACCAGAAAUCCCUUACAAUUGUACGCUCACCAAUCAAACGACUCAGUCGCUCUCGGUCGAAUGCACUGCCGGUUUUGACGGAGGUCAAUCACAAUGUUUCGUUUUAGAAGUAUUCGACGAAGAAACCGGUGUACUGCAAGCAAAUCUUACCAGAGAUAUUCCACAAUUUACGGUACAAAACUUGGAAUCGGGCAAAGUUCUCACUAUGAUAUUGUUUGCCGUCAAUGGGAAAGGAAUGAGCGAGAAAGUCGUGCUAGAGGGUUUCACUUUAAAAGUGGCCGAGAAGCAGACAGUGCGCGUUUUGUUUACAGGUACUCAGGUGCCUUUCGAAAUAACACCCCUGUUACUUGGUCUCAUUGGGGUGUUUACCGCCCUAGUCCUAGUCACUGGAAUAAUUUUAGCAGCACUCAAAUUACGAAGCGAUAGACGAGCUCAAAGGCCUGGUGAUUUGCCUUUGAAAAAAUCUACCGCGCCUAGUUCCGAAGAUCUUUAUGAUGCCGAUGACAGAAAUCCAGACGUUAUACCAACUAAUAAAGAUUCAGAUUAUCAAUUGACCGGAUCAACUUCUGGUACGCCAUUGGCAACCCAAAAUACGCCGGAUGGAUUACCACCGUCGUCACUCCCUUCAACACAACAUAACAAUCAUCUUCAAGGACUUACCGCUUACAACGAAUACAACAAUUAUCCAACCUUACCGUUAUCCGGUGAAGUGACGUAUGCAGAGCUAUGUUUAACGAGGCCAACCACCCUGUCGACUUUGGGAACGGACACGAAGUUAGCGAAUUUAGGUACCGUCGCCGGUCUCGGAGGACUUCAGGGUUACGGAAGUGGCGUUAUCGUCGGGGGAAAACCUUACGCUAAAGAGGCAACGGUAUAUGCUUGCAUAGACCAUACCGCAAGGCCACCAAAAAUAGACACGGUGAAGAGUACAUCUUCAUGCGGAAGUACGCCGCUCUCAACGAUGAGCGGACUUUUACACGAGUCAAUGGUAACCGGAAUCACCGGGGUCACCGGAUUGACCGGAGUCACCGCGAACAAGCAUCAUCCGGGAAGGGAAGUUGUAACCGUUCGCACGCCACUUAUUUCGAGCCAAGAAAGUUGCGUAUAGGGACGCGAUUCCGACGCGCUCGGCGUUAACGAAUAUUACGUCUGAUAUGGCCGCGUCGCAUCCCACGCCAUCACCAUCACCAAGUCUCCUUCAGAACCGGGACACCCGUUCACAAACAUACCGCAAAUUGUUACAACAGGUAUGCCAGUAGCCAACCACGACACAUCUUCUUAUUAUUAUUAUUAUACUUAUUUUUAUUACUUACGCUUUUGUUUUCCCAUUACGAGUUAUCGAAAGUAUUCAUUUAUUAUUAUUUUCUUAUUGUCAAAGUAGAAAAUCAUUUUCUUCAUCAUUAUAUUUUCAUCUUCCUUACCUGGUUAUUCUUUUAAUUCUUAUAUCUACGAUAUUAUACGACGACGAUUACGAUUACAAAAAGGACGAAUUUAUUUAAACGAAGCCAUCGAUUUCAAGAUUAUUUUCCGUAAUCUUGUGUGCCUAUUAUAUUGUAAACGCCUAUUAUUAACGUAAUAUUGUAUUUACAUAGAUACAUACAUUAAUACCAUCUUACUGCCUAAAUUUAUGGAUAUAAAUGCGCCGUUGACAAAAAAAACACGUUGAUAAGAAGAUGAUUUUUAGAUCGAAUUCUCGAAAGAUAGACCAAAGCGCACGCUAUUCAUUCGCGCUACUCGAAUACGCUUCUUUCGUUUUCCCGUGUUUACAACGAAGACAAUGACAAUGACAAUGACAAUGACAAUGACGACGAUAAUGGAUUAAAAUAAAAAAUAAUUCGUCGGUCUUCGUUGGGCAUGCGGUGACAAACGUAAGUUUAUUGAAAAUAAAAAUUUACAGACAAACGUGCGUCCUAUCGACUGAUUGACGAACGCGCACAACGUCAAAACUGGCACGCGGAAGCGACGCGGUCGUUACCACGAUAUAUCAAUAAAAUAUAUCUAUAUCUAAACAUGUGAAAAAAAAACGGAAGAAAAAAAUGAUAUAUACCGAGAUGAAUUUUCUUAUUAGAAACUAUUUCGUGAUCGGUAAUUUCUAUGCACCGCGUAAAUACGCGAACGUUCCCGUGUAAUACAAUCGUACCCACGAACGUUUUAACUAAUCAACAACAAUAAAACAACAACAACAACAACGGGUGUUGUAACGAGAAUUAUCAUCUCGUACGAAUUGUAAUGAAUAUCUCAUUUCUUAGCGUGUUUACAAAAAAAAAAAAAAAAAGAAAAACUGCCCGAAUCCCCAUGUAAAUACCUUGUAAAUAAACGCAUAACGAGAUGCGACGAAGUGUGAGAAAGAAAGAAAGUUUCAUUGUGUGACGAGUAGUAGUAAUAAUGUGACAAAGGGACGAAGGACUCUGUCGCCGAUAUAAAUAAGUUCUCUUCGCGUCACUAGACAACAAAAUAUACGACGAGUGUAAUAAUAUGUCGCGAUCGGAUGCAAAUUGGUACGUUUGGAAAAUUUUUUCCAUGACAAUAAUUUCUUUUCGUCGAUCUAUAUAUCUUUAACAUAAAAAUACAUACUUCAAAAUACCCCCUUUCCUCCCCUACCCUACCCUACCCACCAUACUACUCCGUCUUACCAACCUUCUUCCCAUACCUUACCUUACCCCCCCCUUCACCCAUCUCCACCCGCAUGUUCUUACGCGUUUCUCAAUGCAGCUCGUUACGUUCUAUCUUCGGUCGACAUAUUUCUUCGAUCGGCUAUUGAAUUUUUACGCACUUUAAUCUGAAUGGACUUCGUCAGAAAAAAAAAAAAAA